AUGACACAUCACACGAUUGCUAGACUGCGAUCAUGGGAUGGCGUCCGUUCACCCGAAUUUAACGAUAAUGCUGGACGACUACAUCGACAGCGCCACCUACAGGGGAGAAUCGAUUCCGGGUUCCGUCGCACUUAUCUACCCCAUGGAGAGGAAGAUACGAUCUACGAACAGUUGAGUAAGCUGGAUCACAUCACGGCGUGGCGCAAACGUGACGUUCCCUCCUACUACCACUACAGCAACAACCCGCGCAUCGCUGACAUCGUGGUGAUGGCCGACGAACACUGGGCCAUCGCCACCAACGCCGUGAGUCUCAGCAUGAGUCGACCCUGGUUUCCAAACCCCUAUAAGGGUGACCAUGGUUAUGACAAUCGUGCGAUGUCCAUGCAUCCGUUCUUUGUGGCGCGCGGCCCGGCGUUCCGGAAGGGUCUGAUCAGCGAGCCAUUCGCCAACGUCAACGUCUACCCACUCAUGUGCGAGAUACUCGGACUCGCGCCGGCACCAAACAACGGCUCAAUUGCCAACGUGAAGCAUCUACUGAGAGAGGAGCUGACAGGCCUAAUACAGAAGCCAGGCUCAGUGAAUCCCUUCUCUGUGAGCGCACAGCUGUUACCCAACAUUAUCAGCAUAUGCGUGGGAGUAGCAGUGUUUUCCAUGCUCGUGCUUCAGUGAUGACAGCGCAGCAUCGCCGUGGCAACUCGAUCUGCAGCAGUGUGUAGUCCUACUUAGCUACGACAAUGACAACGACAGCUGAUGCUGCGAUUGGUUAUUUACUACACGCCGCAUGCAGGCAAUGCAAAGCUGGGUUUACACUACCGACUUUAUGUUGGCGGAUUGGCGAGUUGGACCAAUUUCGCAAUUCGUAAAC